AUGACGUCAUCUGGCCUGGAACUGGAAUUGAUGUCUCCAGGACCGGAAGUGAUGUCAUCUGUAGCACCAGAUCCGGAAAGUGCCAAGUUCGGGGCCAGAAGUGACUUCAUCAAUGGAGUAAUUCAUUUUGCAACAUUAUUCAAUGUGGAUGAAAAAAAUGGAAUGCAAUUUACUGGCCCAGUGGAAGACAUGUUUGGCUAUACUGUUCAACAGUUUGAAAAUGAGGAAGGUAAAUGGGUUUUGAUUGGGUCUCCUUUGGCUGGACAACCAGCAAAAAGGACUGGAGAUGUUUAUAAGUGUCCAGUUGGCCAAGGCAAACCAUCAGCCUGCAUUAAACUUGAGUUACCAGAAUUUACAACAAUUCCUAAUGUUACUGAGGUCAAGGAAAACAUGACACUUGGAACAACAUUAGUCACAAACCCAAAUGGGGGAUUUCUGGCUUGUGGACCAUUGUAUGCUUAUAGGUGUGGAAGCCUGCACUACACCACUGGUAUUUGUUCAAAUGUCAGCUCCUCUUUCAAAGUCAUUAACUCUGUUGCGCCUGCUGUGAAAGAAUGUAAAACUCAGCUUGAUAUAGUGAUUGUUCUUGAUGGCUCUAACAGCAUCUAUCCCUGGACCAGUGUUAUUGAUUUCCUGAAAAAAUUAUUGGCUAAUAUAGAUAUUGGGCCUACUCAGUCACAAGUUGGAAUUGUUCAGUAUGGAUCGGAUGUGGGUCAUGUUUUUAAUCUAAGCCAGUUUAACAAUACUCACGAUAUACUGCAAGCAGCCCAGCAAAUUAAGCAGAGAGGUGGAGAUAGGACUAUGACAGCACUGGGCAUCGACACUGCUAGAAAAGAAGCAUUUACUCCAGAGAGAGGAGCUCGCCCAGGAGUAAGGAAAGUCAUGGUUAUUGUAACUGAUGGAGAAUCACACGACAGCUACAAUCUUGAUGAUGUCAUUGAGGACUGUGAAAAUGAAGGAAUUCAGAGGUUUUCGAUUGCUGUGCUAGGCAGUUACAGGAGGACAAAUAAAACCUUUGAUAAGUUCAUUAAGGAAAUUAAAUCAAUUGCAAGCAAGCCUACAGAGAAACAUUUCUUCAAUGUCUCAGAUGAAGUUGCUUUGGUUACAAUUGUUGAUGCCCUUGGAGAAAGGAUCUUUGCACUAGAAGCUACGUCAGAUAACCUGGCAGUAUCGUUUGAAAUGGAAAUGGCACAGGCUGGAUUUAGUGCCCAUUCUUCAAAGGAGCGCGUUAUGCUGGGAGCAGUUGGAGCCUAUGACUGGAAUGGAACAGUGGUCAUGCAAAAUGGAAAUGACUUCAUAAUUCCAAACAACAGUGCAUUUAACACUCCACCAAUGGGUACAUAUGACGCUCUUGCUGGGUAUAUUGGUUAUGAUGUCCACUCUGCGUCUGUGGCCGAUGGAGUGCUUUACAUUGCAGGAGCUCCACGGUACAAUCAUACUGGAAGAGUUAUUGUGUAUACCAUGAAUGGUGAUAAGAUGAACAUCAAACAGACAAUAAAUGGAGAACAGAUUGGCUCAUAUUUUGGAAGCGUCCUGACAACAGUUGAUGUGAACAAUGAUAGCAUUACUGACAUUCUCCUGAUUGGUGCUCCAAUGUUUAUGGGGCCGGAAAGAGACGAGCAGGGGCAGGUGUAUGUGUACACACUUAACAAGCAUACAUUUGAACUUCAGAUGAUCCUGAAACCAAAAAAUCAGACAUGUUGCACAGUACAUUCACGAUCUUGUACUACUUCAAAUAAGAAUGAGCCCUGUGGGUCACGGUUUGGGACAGCCAUUGCUGCGGUGAAGGAUCUUAACCUUGAUGGAUUUAAUGAUGUAGUUAUUGGAGCUCCGCUGGAGGAUGACCACAGGGGUGCCGUAUAUAUCUACCAUGGAUUAGGCAAAUCUAUCAGAAAGGAAUAUGUACAGCGAAUUGCUUCAGGUGGUGAUGGAGAGAAACAGAAGUUCUUUGGACAAUCCAUACAUGGAGUUCUUGACUUGAAUGGAGAUGGGAUAACUGAUGUCACCAUUGGUGGUCUUGGAGGUGCUUCUCUCUUCUGGUCACGGGAUGUAGCAGACAUGCGAGUUAAUAUCAGUUUUGAUCCAAAUAAAAUCAAUAUGCAGAAGAAACUCUGUAAUGAAAAAGGAAAGGAAACAGUUUGUGUCAAUGUUACAAUCUGUUUCAAUUACAAACUCAAUUCUGAUCAGGCCAGUCAAUCAAAAAUAGGCAUUGAUUACAAUUUAACAAUAGACUUUCAGAGGCUGUUAGCAAGAGGAUUCUUAUCUGAAACUUCAGAACGUAAACUUCAUUCUAAUAUUACUGUCCUCAACUCGGUCUGCAGAGUACAUCGCUUCUACAUGUUGGACAAACCAGAUUUCAAGGACCCUGUAAAGGUUAAGCUCGAAUUUAAAUUGUCUGAUGAAGAAAAUGGCCCCGUCUUAAAUGAUCAGCUUCCUACAUCAAUAAGCGAAUCUAUACCCUUCACAAUGGAUUGUGAGAACAAUGAGAAGUGUAUUACGGACCUACAACUUACAUCAAAUACAAACAUUGCAGGAAAUAGUGUUCACCCCUACAUCAUCAAGCCUGGCCAGGACAAGUUCUCAUUAUCAGUUUCAAUUAUAAACAAAAGAGACAGUGCCUACAAUGCUAGAAUUCUGAUGGGCUACUCUCAAAAUAUUAAUUAUGUGAGGACAGAGCCAAGAGAGAAAGACUGUGAAUCCAAUCAUAAUAUAACAUGUGCAGUAGGAUAUCCAUUUCUAAGAAAUAAUGAAAAGGAUUCAUUUGAAAUUAUAUUUCAAUUUAACACCUCCUCUCUCUUGGAUAAUAUCACAAUCCAUUUAUAUGCCACAAGUGACAGUGAGGAGCCUGAAUCCACUUACUCUGAUAAUUAUAACAGCAUCAUAAUCCCAGUGAAAUAUGAAGCUGAAAUACAUUUCCUAAGAACCAUAAACGAUUAUAAUUUUGUGAUUAAAAGAGACGAAAGAAUGCGAAAUGUUAUCAAUUCAACAGAUCUGAUCGGAGAUGAAGUAAAUGUCACUUACUUGAUUGAGAAGGUCGGAGUUUUACCAAUGCCAACUCUUACAUUGAAUGUCACAUAUCCUUAUCAUUCUCUUCAAAAAAACAUCCUUUUAUACCUGUCAGAUGUGUCAUCUUCUCCUAAUGUGAAAUGUGAAAGCAAUCUGGUUAAUAAAUUAAAAAUCGGACCAGACAAUCCUCAUGAAUUAUCGCCAAAGAAGGAAACGCUUAAUAAUUAUGUGGUGACCUGUCACACUCUGAAAUGCAGAUCUUUAAUAUGUAAGAUAGAGCCAUCAAAAUCAACAAAAGUCACUGUUGCAUGGAGAAUAUGGAAAUCUACAUUUAUUAAAGCAGAGUACUCUAAUCUGUCCUUAAGCAUAGAUGCUGUGCUUGAAAUCACUGAUCAGACUUCAGUUUUCAUCUUAAAUAAAGAUGGUACCAGAAGACCAGCAACAAUAUAUGUAUCAAAACAGCCUCUAGGGGGGAUAUCGUACUGGCCAAUUAUACUUAGUAUUCUUAUAGGAUUCUUGCUCUUAGCACUGGUGAUUUUUGUAUUAUGGAAGUAUGGAUUCUUCAAGCGACCUUUAAAGGAAAAACAAAAUGAAAAGCAAAAUGAAAAACAAAACCAAAGUGUUAUAUAACAUUGCUUCUUUGGUCUGUUUCACUUGUUGUAAAGGACGUUUUGUAAUGGUAAUCAUUUUGCAGGAAUGUUUGCUUUGAUAAUCUUCAGUUCAUUUUGGCCUUAUUACGGAACUAUGCAACAAAGUUUUUUUUUUUUUUUUUUGCUUGCUAACAUGCAGUUUCAUUGUAGCACACUGUCUAGUCUAUCAUUGAAAUGGCGGACACACCGGACACCAGAAACGUGACGUGGCAAGUUUGUGCUUGUCAUGUGAUUUUACUUUGGGGUCUCGUCUUUCACUCUGUUUAUUAAUGUGAACUGUUUUCUUCGGGCCAUUUGUCUCAGGAUGGAUUCCCACUCCUUUACAAUAACAAUGGGAUAAAACACAAUUGGAAACAGGCAAAUAUUGACUUGCGCUGUGGAAAGUAAUGAAAGCGAUGGCGUAUAUAAAAUGUACUCUUUGUCAAAGCCAUGGAAGCUCAGGGUGUUGUCCAGUUUUGAAAGCCUUCUUUUGGACAGUAUUUAUCAACUGUGAUUAUCCGUCAGUCUUUUAGAUAAUUCACGCAGUGAAACCAGAUGAUUAUAACAUGAAUAUUGUCUUAAAGAAAGUGAUGACAUGAAUUUGACAGAUGUCUAAAAUUAUUUAUAAAGCAAACAUGCUGUCUACAAGGAAGUUCUCUACAGAAAAGAGGCAAUUCACAGCAACACAACUGAUCUGUGGGAACUAUAUGAACCAUUGGACCAAGGCUCAAUGUGGGAGUUAAAUGUUGUUAUAUAUGAAAAAGAAAAUGGAAACUUGAGAUGAGUAGGUUAUGGGAAAACCUCAAGAACACCAAGUGCCUAAGAGCAACAAGAAGAAAUGGAUGUGAUGCACGUUUUAAUAUAUAGGAAGUUAAACAUCUGGAGCCAGCAACGAAAGGUUAGAGGAACAUAUGGUAACACAUGUGACUCUUCAGCUCCUUUGGGAAGAUCCAGCAUCAUUUUAUCACUGAUUGAUGUUCUUUUGUUUUCCCAGAGCAAAUGCUCAAGUGGCUGAAGUGCCCUGUAAUUUCUUUAUUUAUUUCUUGCACUGUUCUGUAUUUCAGUUAAAGUGUUUGCAAUCCAUGUAUUUUAAGUGAAAACCAUAAUUUUAUACCAAAGAAAAUUCUAUAAAAAUUUGUGUUUGUUUAA